UUAAAGAAUCCUCGCUGCCUUCGCUUAAAACUUCAAUACUGAAUGGAUCAGUGAGAUCCUUAAGGAUUUUAUUUCCAAUUUUUGUCCUCGACAUGGGAAUAAGUGCCAUUUCUUCUUCGCUGGAGAAAAAAAGAAAGGUUGUCACCGGACAGUUAAUGAGUGAAUCAUGGAAAAAAUUUAAAUAAACAAAUAAUGCAUCCAACAAAACCAACAAUGUCAGCAGGGAUUCAGAAGAAACAAAUUUCCAGACUUCCUGAAGUUUAUUCAAGUGGAAGUAAAAGUCGUGCUUCGCGUUUGGAUUUAAUGGGAAAUGAAGAGUGGACACGAACUAAAACUCUUCUCAAGCCGGACGACCAAUUGCAAUUAACGGAAAAUGAAUUACAAGAGGAAAUCGCCCGAGUAUUACAGAUACAAAACACGAGGAUACCUGACAAUCUGGUAGAAUGGUCCUGGAAGCAGAGGGAAUUUAUUCCGGUGCCGAAUCCACCAAAUAUUGUGACUAUUCUCAAUGUUCCUGGUAUUCUUUUGCACAAAGAUUCCGAAGAGGCGAAAAUGCAAUUGUCCGGUGGACUUAUUGCCGACUCACAAGAAGAGGAAGUUUCGGUUUCUGAAGAAUUUGAGGAACAAAUGGCGGAGGAAGAAGAGGAAAGAGAAGACGAAGAAGUAGGAGAAGAAAUAGAAGAUGAGUCUGAGGAGCAAGGGAAAGAACCGCAGGUCGAAGUUGAACAGGAAAUAGACGAAGAAGAAGUCGAGAAAGCAAAACCGAAAAAAGUACCGAAUCAGUUCAAUUUUUGUGAAAGAGCAACUUUGACGUACAAUAAUCCUAUUCGAGACAUGAGUACGCAAACGGUGCCGCCUCCAAGUGCUUCAUACAGUGCGGACGUUUACCAGUGGACUAUUUACGACGACUAUCAAGAAGACUAUGAACGUCAGCAGAAGGAAAAGGAGAAGGAGAAAAAAGUUCCCGCACCGCAGACUAAAAAGGAAGAAUCAAAAAAACAAUCGCACUUGGAAGUCGUGGCUGUAACAAAUAGAAUGUUACAAGCCGCCAAAACAUUGGAACGAAUGGUGAAUCAGAAUAUUUAUAAUGAAAUAUUACAAGAUUACAGAUAUUGGGAUGAUCCAAGCGAUGAAUUUAAAGAUGGAGAAGGUUCUUUGUUACCCUUGUGGAAAUUUAAUUAUGAGAAAACGAAGAAACACGACGUCACAGAUUUAUGUUUUAAUAGCAGAUACUACGAUUUGUUCGCCGUCUCGUUUGGAACAAUGUCUUUCGAUAGUUCUAUAACAAUGGGAGUUGUUUGCUUAUUCAGUUUGAAGAAUCCUUCAUAUCCGGAGUGGAUUUGUUCAACAGAAUCGCCUGUCAUGUGUUUAGAUUUUAAUACACAGCAUCCACAUCUCUUAGUUAUAGGUACUAUGGACGGAUCAGUUGCAGUCUACAAUGUAAUUUUACCAUCUUCUGCUCCUCAAUAUAAAAGUAAUGAUGUCAAUCAAAAACACGCUGGAAUUGUUUGUCAGGUAUGCUGGGCCUCGGAUACAGAAGAAGGAAAUCUUGCUUUCUACAGCAUUAGCAUUGAUGGAAAAAUUAAUUAUUGGGUAUUAUUGCAAAAUGAUCUUGGAUUUACUACUAUAAUGACACUUUUUCUCGAUUCAUCUCCAAUAACGGGACCUGACGGUACAAUUGUUACAUUAAAAAGUUGUGGUACGUGUAUAGCGUUUCAUCCAAAAGAUAAAAAUAUUUUUCUUGUCGGCACAGAAGAAGGGACAAUUUACAAGUGCAAUACGGCUUACAACAGCGUUUACAUGAGAACUUAUGAAGAAGCUCACAAUAUGCCGGUUUACAAAAUUGCUUUUAAUAAAUAUAAUUCGAAUAUUUUUGCAAGUUGUUCUGGCGAUUGGAGAAUAAAAAUCUGGGAAGACGAUCGUCCAGAACCACUUUUUAUGUUUGAUCUUGGAGUACCAAUUGGUGAUGUACAAUGGGCUCCUUAUAGUUCGACGGUAUUCGCUUGUGUUUCAAGUGAUGGGAAAGUCACCGUAUUUGAUUUGAAUGUUAAUAAAUAUCGACCAAUUUGCUCACAAGCUAUUGUCAGUAAAAAGAAGAAUAAACUCACUCGACUUGCAUUCAAUGAUGCUCUACCUUUCAUCAUUGUUGGCGAUGACAAGGGCACAGUACAUACGCUAAAAUUGUCACCAAAUUUGAGGAUAAAAGUGAAACCAACAAAGAAACAAACACAUUUAUCAAGUGCAGAACUAGAAACUAUGAAAUUAGAAAAAUUAUUGAGUUUUGUUAGGGAACCAACAACGUUAACACCUCCAAAAGAUGUAAGAGUUUUAAAGCAGUAAAAAAUUUCUUGAAAAUAGAGAAAAUUUAAAUAAAAAAAGUAAUUUAUAAAUUAUAUUUCAUUAUUGAAAUUAUGAAUUGAAUAAUUAAAUUAAAAUAGUAUUAUAGGUUUAUCAGUUUAGUAUUAGUUUCAGUUUAAUUAAAAAUAAUUAACCGAUUAAAUAUGUCAAAGAUUUAAAAAAAUAUGUUUAUGCGAAAGAGAAUAACUAGAAAAAUUCGUUUUUACUGAAAGAGACUAAAUUUUUUUAUUCAACAGUAACAAUCUAUCAAUACAUAUGAAAAUGAAACAAUGUAUAUAUAAAUAUACAUAUAUAUAUAUUAUAUAUAAUAUUUAAAUAUUUAUCUUCUUCAUUCAUACACUCUACACAAUGAUACAUUUUAUGUAUCAAAUCAAUUCUCGACAGGCAGAGGAAAAUCGAUUUUUUAAGAAAGCGCUUUUUUUUAUUAAAGUUAAAAAUAGUUUAUUACCUAUAGUUAUUUAAAUGAAUUUUGGACUUUACUGAGAUUACAAAAAUUUCACGGGCUUUCAAACUCCUUUCAAUAUUUUCGAAUUUUUUUCACAAUUUAAUUCUUUAUUUUUUCCAUUUUCUGAGGUAAAAAAACUGCUUUAUUUUCAUUAUUUAAUUUUAAUUUCCCGUUAGUUUUAAAUUGACAAAAUUUUAUUAAUUGAAUUGUUGAAUUUUUCUUGAUACACAAAAUUGUCUUUUAUCUAUUUUGAAAAUUUGUAUAGAAAAAAGAAUUUUUUAUUGCCAAGACAAAUUUCUUAUUUAAGGAACAAAUUUGUUCAGUCAGCCCAAAAUUGAUGUCUCAGUUUUUAUUUUGAGAAAUCGUAUUUUUCAUUUAAUGUCUAGUAAAUAUUUUUGGUAUAUUUAUAUUUAAAAAAAUGGUAUUAUGUUUUUUUCGAAAAUUUUACUAAACUAUGUUCUGUGUAUCUUUUUUAAUAAUUAUAAAUUCGAGUGUGUAUUUGAUGCAUGCUCUUUAUAUUUAUAUUUUUUUUACUGACUCAAGCAAAAUAUUUUGAAUAAUCGCAA